UGUAUGGAUGUUUGGAUGACUGGUAUGUGUUGUUCCAGAUUUCAUGUUUCAAGAGGCGUUUUUGACGACAUACCGGACUCUACUCACGCCUAUGGAACUGAUCGAUAAACUUCUUUACCGAUACAACAAGUUUAUACUCUUGUCUGAUAUGAGGCAAAGAGCGGCCAGAAAUGCAUUCGCACUACUCGUCCGAGUCGUCGAUGAUAUGUGUAUCGGUGAUUGUAAAGACAAAGUGUUGGAAAUGUUAAUGGAUUUCAUCUACCAAUUGGUAAAUCGGGGUGAUUUGGCGUUGGCUAAAGUGCUUCGCGCCAAAUGCAUCGAAAAGAUGGACCAAAGACACAACGCUCUCAACGCAUCCAAAGUGCUGUUGCCCUCCAUUAACAUCACGAGCCGUCAGUACUCGUUGUGUGACUUCAAGUCCGAGCAUUUGGCCGAACAGAUGACACUUCUAGACUCAGACCUAUUUCUCAAGAUUGAGAUUCCCGAAGUGUUGGUUUGGGCUAAAGAGCAGAGGGAAGAGUUAAUCCCGAAUCUGAACACAUUUACCGAACACUUUAAUAACAUGUCUUAUUGGACGAGAUCUCGGAUUCUGGACGAGAAGGACUCGCGUGAAAGGGAACGACUUGUGUUGAAAUUUAUCAAAAUAAUGAAACAUUUGCGAAAACUAUCGAAUUUCAACUCAUAUUUGGCCAUUUUGUCGGCCCUCGACUCGGCGCCCAUCCGACGGCUCGAAUGGCAGAGGAAUAUCACCGAAAGUCUGAAAGAGUACAGCGCUCUCAUCGACUCGUCGUCCUCUUUCAGGGCAUACCGACAAGCCUUAGCCGAUACGGAGCCGCCCUGUAUUCCAUACAUAAAAAUGUUGCCUGAGAAAAAGUUGGCAAAACUGAAGGGCAAACCAACAGAGAUGUCGAGCAAAGAAAUGAUGAGCGCAUUGUCUGUGAAAAAGGAUGCAAUCGUUGAACAAUUGCUUCACUCAACCGAUUGUCAGACGCGUGACAUUGAAGACCAAAUGCAUGACUCGGGCGGCGGCGGAGGGCUUACGAUGAAUAGCAACUCAACACUCGUUCAGUACGUCGAGCGCCGACUGUUUCCCCAAAUGCAGGCCAUCGAUGAUCAGGAACUCCAUCGUCUCAUACAUUGCGAUCUACUCGACAAAGUGGUCAAUCAGUCCACCGAUACUACUCCUCAUACAGAACCAUGA